AUGAACUCGGUACGCCCGGCGCGGAGCGUCCUGUCGAGAUGCGUCUCCGUCUCGAGCACGCCGGCCAUGCCCUGCCGUCUGUUCCACAGCUCCGUUAGCCGGUCGGGGCGGAGGCGGUCACGAUUCAACAAUAUCACUGCCGAGAAGAUGGGACUCACGACCCCCGAUGCGAUCGACUCGUAUGCGAAGCGCAAGUUCCCCGAGUACACAGAGGAAGAGAAGGCGAGCCUGAAGCAGAAGUACACUCCCGAGCAGUGGGAGGCUCUCGAGGCGGCCGAGGCGGCCAUUGACCCUAGAGACCUGGUGAUCCAGGGUCGGUUACGGACGGACCCCUACAAGCAGCCCUACGUCGAGGACUUUGCGACAAUCCGACCUGUUAUCGACGCGAAACCCCAGAAGACUCUGCAGCCCAAAGAAGUGAAGUGGCUCCCGAGGAGAGAGUGGGUCGACAACUACAUCGAGAAGAUGGCGGACCGGGUCGACACUCAAAUGCAUGACACCAUGGGCCGGGCCUUUGCCAGGGCGCUGCGCAAGGUCAAGGAAUCGAACCCGGACAAACUCGACUUCACGGAGGAGGAGUUGGAUGAGCUCGAGCAGAACCCUGAAUUGCGCAGAAAGUUCCUGAUCGACCAGGACCCUGACGUACUGGGAGGCAAGCGGCCGAGGGGGCCGAAGCAGGCGGGGAUUGAAAACAAUGAUUGGAUGAAUUUGAUUGACAAGCACUUUUUCGAGGAGCUUGAACAGUCGCUCUCUACUGUCGAGAACCCCCUCCAACCGUCCCGCCUCGACUCGUGGAAGGCUAUCGAGGGCGAGCACGGCAACUCGGCUCUGUCUGCCGAGCUUGGCAAGGUCGAGGGUGUUAAGGGCCUCUACAAGCCCCCCGACGACCCCGAGGACGACGGACUCGACCCCACGGGCCGUUUCGCGAAGCUCAAGAAUGCCACUGGCAUGAAGAUGACCGACAUCCUCUCCGUCCUCACCAAGAGAGUCGUUCUCCGUAGCGUCUCCAACCAGACCCGUUUGGGCAAGAUCCGCAGCGCCUCUGUUGUCGUCGUGGCCGGUAACGGCGACGGUAGACUGGGUGUGGGAGAGGCCAAGUCCACCGACCUUCAUAUCGCCACGGCGACGGCCACGCUUCUUGCCAUCCGCAACAUGAAGCCCAUUCGCCGGUAUGAAAACCGCACCAUCUUCGGCAACGUCGAGGCCAAGAUCUCGGGAACCGUUGUGAAGCUUGCCUCGCGCCCCCCCGGCUUCGGACUCCGCGUCUCCCACAGGAUAUUUGAAAUGGCCCGCCUCGCCGGAAUUCAUGACCUGGCCGCCACGAUCCCCCGCUCCAACAACCCCUACAACACUGUCUAUGCUGUCCACAAGGCCCUCAUGAACCAACCGGAUCCAGAGGAGAUGGCCAUUGGGCGCGGAAAGAAGCUAGUCGACGUGAGGAAGGUGUACUACGGCGGCUCUGUAUAUUAA